AUGUCUGCCACGGAGACUACGCGGCCUACAACAAUCAGACUUAGUGGGAGCUCGUCCGAUGAUGCGAUCCCUUUAUCAGAUCUCAAUACCGUGCCCGACUCUGGAGUGUUCAACACAGCGUCGCCCACAAAAGCAUCGAAAUUGCGUGUAACGUUGACUAUCCUCCAGCCCUCGCUUGUCAACUUCUUCUGCAGCUUCUCCAAUGGUGUCAUCACUGUCGGCCUACCGGUCAUCGCGAGAUCCAUUGACCUGCCCAGGUCGCUCUACCUAUGGCCGGCCUCGGUUGGUGGUCUCACUACUGGCUCGACGCUGCUGCUUGCAGGCUCUGUGGCUGAUAUGCUCGGUGCAAAGAAGGUCGACCUCGUUGGGUGUCUGUUGCUCGGGAUCUUCACUCUGGCGUGCGGCUUCUCCCAAGCCGGCCUCCAGCUGGUCGUCUUCCGCGCGCUCCAGGGUAUUGCCUUGGCCAUGCACCUACCUUCGUCGGUCGCGAUAGUGGCAAACACCGUGCCACGGGGUCGGCCCAGAAACAUCGGGUUUGCAUGCCUGGGCCUCAGUCAACCGUUGGGUUUCUCGGUUGGACUCGUCGCUAGCGGUGUAUUGAUUCGAGAUGGUGGCUGGAGGUCUGCCUUCUACCUUCCUGGAGCUGCUCUCCUGGCACUGGCGGCUGCUGCAUUUUGGGGCUUGCCAAAAGUCGAACCAGAACAACCUGCCGUUGAAGGAGUUUCGAUUUGGAAGAGGCUCUUAACGGACAUUGAUUGGGUUGGUGGACUCAUCGCCAGUAGCGGGCUUGCCAUACUGGCAUACAUCCUUGCUGUCCUCAGCGCCGACCUUACCUCUAUCCGAACGCCGAGCACAGCUACGCUACUUCCUGUCAGUAUCGUUCUCCUGGUCGCAUUCCCGUUUUGGAUGAACUAUUGCGAGCGCCAUCAGAGACCAGCACUUGUGCCCAAUGCUUUGUGGAACAACAUGUCUUUCACAAGCACGUGCAUCAUGGUUGGAUUAUCGUACGCCGUGAUGAACGCAAUGGAGCUUUUCUCCAGUUUAUAUUUCCAAGAAAUCCAGGAUUCGAGCACCCUCGCAACCUCGCUCAAGCUUCUCCCGAAUUUGUUGUCAGGCGCCGUGCUGAACCUGAGUGUUGGGCUCUUUGUUGACAAACUUCCGGCAAGAUGGCUUGUGUCGAUUUCGUCCCUGCUAGCCUCCGGAGCCCCGCUCAUGAUGGCAUUAGUUAAGCCAGAGUGGAGCUACUGGUACAUGGAAUUCUGGGCCCAGAUGUUGUCACCGAUGAGCGCCGACGUGUUGUUCACAGUCGGGCUUAUCAUUGUGUCGGACGUAUUCCCAGAAAAGAGCCAGGGGCUGGCUGGAGCAGUGUUCAACACUGUGGGUCAGUUUGGUCUUAGCCUGGGAAUGGGGGUUUGUCAGCUUGUGGCGUUGGGGGUUACUGGCGAAUCCUCGAGUGCUGGGCAUGGGGGCUCGGUCGAGUCUCUUGAUGAGACCGAUCCUGCGGCGCUGCUCCGUGGCUACCAAGCCAGCUUCUGGACCAUGUUCGCGUGCAUGACAACCUGUGCAGCCGUCGCCGUCAUGGGCUUGAGGAAAGUAGGGACUGUUGGACUCAAGCGUGAAUGA